CAAUCUUCCCCUCUUCCCCCCUCAUCCAUCACCACCAUCCCCUUCUUCUUUCUUCUUCUUCUUCUUCCUCCUUAAGCUUGCCAUCAAUGGCGGACACAGGCUCCGUCUCCAACAAGAGAAUGUCGUGUUCUAUCCCCGAGAGGUUCCAGCUCCAUGCCGCCAUGUUGGCCUUGCAAUUCGGCUAUGCCGGUUUCCAUGUCGUCUCUAGAGCUGCCCUCAACAUGGGCAUUAGUAAACUCGUCUUCCCUGUCUACCGAAAUGUCAUUGCUUUGCUCCUCCUCCUUCCCUUUGCAUAUUUCAUCGAAAAGAAGGAUAGGCCUGCCCUCACUCUCAACUUUGUCCUUCAAUUCUUCCUACUAGCUCUUGUUGGAAUUACAGCCAAUCAAGGGUUUUACUUGCUGGGUUUGGAUAAUACUUCCCCAACCUUUGCUUCUGCUAUUCAAAAUUCUGUCCCUGCCAUUACUUUCCUUAUGGCUGCACUUCUCAGGAUUGAGCAAGUGCGACUGAACCGAAAAGAUGGGAUAGCAAAGGUGAUGGGUACAAUAUGUUGUGUGGCCGGAGCGACGGUGAUCACAUUAUACAAAGGGCCCACCAUCUACAGCCCGGCAACGACGACGGUGACGGUGCAGGGGACGGCAGAGACGGCGGGGACGAUGCUGAUGGGGCCAGGAAUGUUCCCAUCCUUAGGCGAUGCAAAGGGGAAAAGCUGGACGUUAGGGUGCGUGUACUUGAUCGGACACUGCUUGUCGUGGUCGGCGUGGCUAGUCCUACAAGCACCGGUGCUGAAAAAAUACCCGGCUCGCCUCUCCGUCACCUCCUUCACUUGCUUUUUUGGUCUCAUCCAAUUUCUCAUCAUCGCCAUCGCGUUCGAGCGCGAUGCUCAGGCUUGGCUCUUCCACUCCGGCGCCGAAGCCUUUAGCAUCGUUUAUGCUGGGGUGGUGGCUUCGGGGAUAGCGUUUGCUGUACAGAUAUGGUGCAUUGACAGAGGUGGCCCGGUCUUCGUUGCUGUCUACCAACCGGUUCAAACCUUCGUCGUUGCUCUCAUGGCUUCCUUCGCUUUGGGCGAGGAGUUCUACUUGGGAGGGAUCAUAGGAGCGGUGCUGAUUAUAACAGGACUAUACCUUGUGCUGUGGGGAAAGAGCGAAGAAAAGAAGAUCUUAUUGGAAAGAGCAGUGAUCCAGUCCGCCCCGGACCACGGUAGCAGCAGACCAAGUGGCCACAUCAAAUCGUCAAUUACCCAGCCACUUCUCCAUCCUACGGCUGAAAAUGUUUGACCUGCUUCAGAAAAAACACUCAACUUUUGACUCUCUCAAGACACGUGUCCUUCCUACAUAUGUCAGAAACAAGCUUCAGUUCAGUGUGCUUAUUUUUUUCCUUUUUACUUUUUGGUUGAGUAUUUGCACGCUUACUUAAUUAGGAGAGCUUUUUUUGUUUUUUUUUUCCCCCUCUUUUGUGUUUAAAAAUUAAAGGAAGGAAAUUAAAAAAAAAAAAAAAAAAAA